AUGCCAAUAUUCUUCGGAUUUUUUGGUACUAAUAUUAACCCGUUAAAUGAAAACAUAAAACAUCGUGAAGAAAUCAAACUUCAUCCAGAGUGGAAUCGUAUAUAUGGUCCAGGUCAUACGUAUUGGACUGGCGCUCUGCAAGAUGGACUAGAUCGUGGUCCUCAUCCAUAUUAUUGUCCAGUGGGAUGGAAAAGAUAUUCUUUAUAUGUUGCCGAUAACUUUCGCGAGAAGUUUUCAGGAUGGUGUGUAUGUUAUCAUGGUACUAAAUUUCAAUAUGGUUUAUCGAUUCUAACAAGUGGACUGAAACCGGCAAAUGCUGCUGAACAUGGUCAAGGAAGCUAUUUCAGUCCUUCGAUUAUUUAUGCAUGCCAUCCACGAUAUUCUGAAAUAAAACCCGUUCUGCCAGAGCACCAAAAUGUUUUUGGGAAGUCUGCUAAAUAUAUCCAAUUUGUGUUAGAAUGUCGCGUUCGUCCACAGAACAUUAUAAUUGGGUGCGAAACAUUCCAUAUUGAAAACACUACUAUCGAUCAUAAUAUACCAAAUAAUGUGCUUGAAUGGAUUGUUAACACUGGCGAUAAAAUCAUUCUAGACUUCGCAGAUUUAAAUGCCACCGUUGUUUGCACAGGAUUGAUGGUACGUGUUACAAACAAUCAUCCUUACUUUUUCUCCGAAUCUCAAUGGUGGCAAAAAACAUGUCGAUGCAACAAUAAUUUUCAUUGCGCCUGGAAUGCUGACCGCGAUGACUUAGAAAAACAAAAAGCAAACGGAGCAACAUGCAUUGUUGUUCUCAAUUAA